AUGCGCUCCCAAACUUGCAUCGGCUUUAAACCUUGCAUAGGGGAUGAUUUGUUUCAGUUGAUUAUGUGCAUCGGAUUUGCUGUCGAUUUGUCAGCUCAUAUUGCUUACGCCUAUUCCCAAGCCUACGGAACAGCACAUGAACGUGCGAUAUACGCGCUGGAGACACUUGGCUGGCCUGUGUUUUUGGGUGCCACUUCAACUAUAUCGGGCAUCACGGUACUGACGCUGGUCGAUUCCUAUAUUGUGCAAAUCUUCUUCAAGACUGUCUUUCUCGUGGUUUCGUUCUCAAUGCUACACGGACUACUUUUUCUUCCUGUACUGCUCAUACUGAUAAUUCCAGAAAAAAGGAAGUAUGAGCCACGCGAAACGGGAUACUGCGCUAGCAGAGUUGUUUUCACCUGCGACAGUCCGAAAAAUGCGAAGAAGGCGUCCUUCAGCGAGCAGUACACAGACGACCCUCUCGAAGAUGCCGAGAUUGGCAGCCCUGCAAAGGGACCGUCGCUUAAUCAACCUUCUGAUGAGGACAUAGUGAAGGCAACUGUUGACAUGAUUUCAGGUAAAGUUAUCACUCCUGACAGCGCUUCUACGCGAUAA